AUGUCCCUCUUUGGUACAUCUCCAGAAGAGCCCUCUGCGGCCACUCCCACCCAAAGGCUCAAGCCAUCGCUCUUCGCAGAUGAACCGAUCGGCGGCUCCUCCUCUCUCUUCGCCGAAGACACGGGCGACGACUCCUCACCGUGGAACCCACAAAGCAACACGGUGAAGCGCACGGCUCGGCGCGAUCUUGCCCGCACAUUGCUGCCUGUCUCCGAUGUGCCCGAGAGCUAUGUCAAUGCUUACGACCUGAUUUUGAAUAGCGGAGACAGAGUGGGGAGCGGCAUCGGCCUGACCUCUGUGAGAGAGCUCCUCUCCAGCAGUGGUGUCAGUGCAUCAGAUCAAUCCAAGAUCCUUGAUCUGGUCGUCUCGGGUGAACAAGAGAGCUCGGUUGGCCUUGGUCGGGGCGAGUUCAAUGUGCUGCUUGCCCUGAUUGGACUGGCACAGCAAGGCGAGGAUCUGUCUUUUGACUCUGUGGAUGACCAUCGCAAGCGACUACCACAGCCAAGCAGCGGGUUUCUGGACCGUCUACGAGCAACAAGCGAGACCCAAAAAGGUCGUGCCCAUGAUCAGCCUGCGACUCCCGAAGCGCAACCAUCUCCUAGUCAAGAACCAACUUCUGCACGGUCUCGUCGGUCCCGAGGGAACUCCAUUGGAGGCUUAGACUCUGAUCCAUGGGGCAGCCCAGAAAUGCAUCGCGGCCACAAUCACCAGCCUGUAACUCAUGAUGAGCCAAACGGACUGGGGUACGGCAGUAUGCGUUCGACGGCAAAUGCCUGGUCGGCAUCUCGGGCACACGACGAUUUGAAUCACACCUCCAAUACCGAUCUCUCCCAACAAGGCAUUGCGGCGACCGAAACUGCUGCUGCCUCUGCCCCGGCUCCACCCAGCAGUGCGGGAUCUGGAUGGGGUAGCAACAUGGCUAUCGCUCCCGACGACGGAGGUUUUAUUGGAGCUCCGCGGCCAGACCUCGGUGGAUUUGCGCCUCCUGGCGAUGAGCAUGGCGCCGGUACGACAAGGAGACCACCCGUCGGCAUCACGCGCAAUACGAGCUCUCGUGUCGCGGAAACGGUGACGAUCAAUCUCCUUCCCGAAAAGGAAGGCAUGUUCAUGUUUCAGCAUCGGAAUUACGAGAUUAAGUCCGCACGACGAGGGAGCACUGUUGUGCGUCGAUACAGUGACUUUGUCUGGCUAUUGGAUUGUCUACAAAAACGCUAUCCAUUCAGACAAUUGCCGCUUCUUCCUCCCAAACGAGUAUCAGUGAAUGGUACUCACCUAUCAGCCGAUUCCAAUUCCUUUCUGGAGAAACGGCGCCGCGGUCUCAUUAGAUUUACCAACUCCCUUGUGCGACAUCCCAUUCUCGGCCAAGAACAGCUGGUCAUCAUGUUUUUGACUGUCCCAACCGAGCUGUCCGUGUGGCGCAAGCAGGCGACGGUCUCGGUCCAGGAUGAAUUUGAAGGUCGAGUCCUUCCUCCGGACCUGGAGGACUCUCUACCUGCUGAUCUUAUGGACACCUUUGAGACUGUUCGCAGCGGUGUGAAACGCUCUGCAGAAGUCUACAUCAAUUUAUGUACUCUGCUCGAGAGAUUGGCCAAGCGCAAUGACGGCCUUGCUGCAGAUCACCUUCGCUUCUCUCUCGCCCUGCAAUCGUUGACCGAAGUCACCAAGGACACGUAUGCCAUCGAUACUAGUGACAUCUUUGGGUUGAACACUGGGAUCACAGCUACAGCCCGCCAUCUCUCCGCCAGUCAAAGUUUACUGGAGGAUGAAGCGCGUGCCUGGACAGAUGGUGUGCUGGAGGACCUCAAAGCCCAGCGGGACUGUUUGGUCAGUGUCCGCGAAAUGUUUGAUCGACGUGAUCGACUGGCUCGAAACAAUAUUCCUCAAUUGGAGCGACGCAUCGAGACCAAUGAGCGCAAGCUGCAGGAUUUGCGCGCACGGCCGCCAGGCACUGUGAAGCCUGGCGAGGCAGAGAAGGUAGAGGACUCCAUCCUGAAGGACAAGGAGUCGAUCGUUCAACAGCACGCCCGGGGCGUUUUCAUCAAGGAGUGCAUCCGAGAUGAGCUGGUUCAAUUCCAGCAGAGCCAGUACCACAUCAGCCACCUGCACCAGGACUGGAGCCAAGAACGCGUCAAGUACGCCGAGCUCCAGGCUGACAACUGGCGGCAAUUAAGUGACGAGAUCGAGGGCAUGCCAACUGGAGAGUAG